CCAUCAAAGGUCUCUAAAUUUCUCAUUCAGUUUCUUGUUUCCAUUCUUCCAAAAUAAAAAAAUUGACAAUGCUUAGCUCUAAGAAACUCAUCAAGAUGGCUAGGAGAUGGAAAAAGUUUGCAGCCAUGCAGAGGAAGAGGAUUUCAUUUCCAAGAAAUGGUAGUGAUGUAGACAGUUGUAGUGCAUCUUCAUCCUCUAUCGUCGGAAAAGGCCAUUUUGUAGUCUAUACAGCUGAUCAAGCCCGUUUUGUCUUUCCAUUGGCUUACCUCGAAAAUGAGGUUAUUAGGCAACUUUUAUGCAUAUCAGAAGAAGAGUUUGGAUUGCCAAGUGGUGGCCCUAUUACAUUACCCUGUGAUUCCGCCUUCAUGAGCUACAUCAUUUCAUUAAUCAAGAAAGGUGUAGCUGUUGGAGAUCUUCACAAAGCAGUGCUCCUCUCGAUUCCUUCAUGUUGCUGUUCAACUUCUUCUAUGCACCAAGAAAGUGGAAACCGGCAGCUUCUUGUUUAUUGAGUCAAGGCCAACAUUCUUUUUGUAAAUGCUAGCUCAAAAAUAGUUUUUAGAGAGCCAUACAUUGAAGAGUACACAAUUGUAA